ACACUAGAACGCAGGAGCAAGAUGUCAUACGACGAUAUUGAAAACGCCACUCCCGAUAUUGUUAUCGGAGGUACUAUGGAAGACCCGGAAGAAGAGUACCAAUAUGAACAUGAAGUUGAAAGUGGGAACGAACAAGCAGAAGAAGAACAAGAGGUUGUUGAAAAAAAGGAAAAGAAAAGUGUUGCUUUUUCUGGCUUAGACGAUGAAUAUGACGAAGAAGCUGCUAAGAGAGAGUUCAUAGAAGGUGGAGGGUUACCAGAACAGCCGGAAAAUCCAAAUUUUGAAGAAUUAACUCCAUUAUCAGCAGAGAUUAUUAAUAGACAAGCUACCAUUAAUAUUGGUACUAUUGGACAUGUUGCCCAUGGUAAAUCGACUGUUGUCAGAGCCAUUUCAGGGGUUCAAACUGUUCGUUUCAAGGAUGAAUUGGAAAGAAAUAUCACUAUUAAAUUAGGUUAUGCUAAUGCUAAAAUUUAUAAAUGUGAUAAUGAAGAAUGUCCAGCUCCAGGUUGUUAUAAAUCUUUCAAAUCAGAUAAAGAAAUCAAACCAAAAUGUUCCGUUCCAGGAUGUCAUGGUCGUUAUAAAUUAUUAAGACACGUUUCAUUUGUUGAUUGUCCAGGUCACGAUAUUUUAAUGAGUACUAUGUUAUCAGGGGCAGCCGUUAUGGAUGCCGCUUUAUUAUUAAUUGCAGGUAAUGAAAGUUGUCCUCAACCUCAAACUUCUGAACAUUUAGCUGCAAUUGAAAUUAUGAAGUUAAAACACGUUAUUAUUUUACAAAAUAAAGUUGAUUUAAUGAGAGAAGAAUCUGCUUUAGAACAUCAAAAAUCAAUUUUAAGUUUUAUUAGAGGUACCAUCGCUGAUGGUGCUCCUAUAGUUCCAAUUUCAGCUCAAUUGAAAUAUAAUAUUGAUGCUGUUAAUCAAUUUAUUGUUAACUAUAUUCCUGUUCCAAUGAGAGAUUUUUCUGCAUCCCCAAGAUUAAUAGUUAUUAGAUCUUUUGAUGUUAAUAAACCUGGUGCUGAAAUUGAUGACUUGAAAGGGGGUGUUGCUGGUGGUUCUAUCUUGAAUGGUGUCUUUAAAUUAGGUGAUGAAAUUGAAAUUAGACCCGGUAUUGUUACUAAAGAUGAUAAUGGUAAAAUUCAAUGUAAACCAAUUUUUUCAAAUAUUGUUUCUUUAUUCGCUGAACAUAAUGACUUAAAAUUUGCAGUUCCUGGUGGGUUAAUUGGUGUUGGUACUAAAGUUGAUCCAACUUUAUGUAGAGCUGAUAGAUUAGUUGGUCAAGUUGUUGGUUCAAAAGGUAAUUUACCUUCUAUUUAUACUGAUAUUGAAAUUAAUUACUUCUUAUUAAGAAGAUUAUUGGGUGUUAAAACUGAUGGUCAAAAACAAGGUGCUAAAGUUCGUAAAUUAGAAAGUGGUGAAGUCUUAAUGGUUAAUAUUGGUUCUACUGCUACUGGUGCUAGAGUUGUUGCUGUUAAAGCUGAUAUGGCUCGUUUACAAUUAACUACUCCUGCUUGUACUGAAGUUAACGAAAAGAUUGCUUUAUCAAGACGUAUCGAUAAACAUUGGCGUUUGAUUGGUUGGGCUACUAUCAAAAAGGGUAAUACCUUGGAACCAAUUGCAUAAAUUUAAUUCAUAAAAAGUUUUCCUGCCCAACUCAUUCCCUUUUAUGAUGUUAUCACUAAUCAUUAAUAAAAACUUGAUUAAAGAAAAAGAUUCAUACCAAAUCUUAUCUAUAAUCCAACAUUUUGUAUUUAUA